AUGCCUAAGGAUAAAUCUUCCUUUAAAUCUUUUAAUAAAUCUAUUGAUCCUUAUACUGUUAACAAGAUUCUUAUUCAAAAGGUUAAAACUCUUCAAGACCAAAAUAAAAAUCUUUCCGACACAAUCAAUACACUUAAUAAUACUCUUACUCAACUUUUAAAUCUUGUUUCUAAAGUUAUUAUUCCUGCAGUUGCUUCUCAUACUGCUGUUCUUCAGUAUUAUAAUUUCUACAAUAAAAAUUACUGUUAUAUCCCUCUAGAAGAUACUUCACUGUCUCAAGAUUCUUUUCUUGUUCCUGAAAAUUCUCUUGAAUUAUUCAAAGAUAUCAUUACUGAAUUUAAAAGUUCUUCGGGUCCUAAAGUUUCAGAGCUUCCUAGUUUCUUUGACGAAUUGGAUCAAGAUAUCCUUGCCAUUGCCAAUGAGAUCUCGACACAAUAA